GUGGGGAGGGUUUCCAAGAGGUGGCCGUGGGGCAUUUUUUCCCUUUCUGCCCCCUAAAAGCGAAUGUUCCACUGCCAUGGCGGUGCGUCAUGGAACUGUUGCGGGGCCCGAAACCGUGGGGCGUGGGUGGCCGAGCAGGACGUGUUCGGUGUUCUGUUGCCUUGUAGCGGUUUCCUUGCUGGCGCUCCUGAUAGCCAUCGCUUGCCUGGCGCUAAGAGGUCCAGGACAUGAAAAAGAGAAAACUGAUAGUAUAGAAACCAGCAUUUUAGGAUUUUGGAGUCUUCUUGUUCUAGCCUUGAUGACUGGGCUGUCAUGUUGCAGUUUUUCCUGGACAGUGAUCUAUUUUGAUUCAUUUGAACCGGGAAUGUUUCCUCCUACUCCAUUCUCACCUGCACGCUUUAAGCGAAUGACAGGACACUCUUUUCACAUGGGGUAUAGUAUGGCUAUAUUGAAUGGAAUUGUGGCAGCUCUCACUGUAGCCUGGUAUCUUUUAUAAUUGCUUUUAAAUCUGUUUUUCAGAAUAUGACCAUUGAAACUGUCUGUGUGCAGACAGCCAUUUGUAUGGAAUAUAGUAUUUGCUACCAUAAUCACAAUUCCCUUAUUUGUUUCAUUUAGUAUUGCUGAGGGAAAAUAUUAAAACUCACAAACUGAUGGAAUUUGACAAGGAAAGUCAACCACGCAAAUAAGGAAUCAUUGCCAUUUUAAGAGUAUAAGAAUGAAUGCUGAUGUUUAAUUCUGAAGAUCUUCCUAGAGUGGCUUUUUGUCAUACCAUUAAAUGGACUUGAAAUGAGCUCUUAGGUUGACGUGCUUCAUAUACAACAACAACCUAUUGGACUUGUUCCGUAUACUAAGUAAUUAAAGGGUUUGAUUAACUGGAAUUAGAUGUUUUAUAUGUUGAUUAAUAUGGAUCUUGUUUCAAGUUUAAAUUGCUUUACAAUGUAUUUUUUCUCUGAUACAAUGAUUUGAGGUAUUUUCCCACGUAAGUAUGAAAUAAUGCAGCAUUAACCCUUCCUGCCUUCCUGCAGGAAAGCAGAAUAUGUGUUUAGGGGUUUUGCAAUGAAAUUAAUUCAGAAUAAAAGUGUUUAUUCUCUUUCAUAGGGAAGGGGUGAAAAUGUGUUGGGUUGAAACCAGUUUACAUUCAAUGAAUGUGAGGUCUUUUCCCCUUAUACUUUGAGCUCACUGAAAGUCUGUGCUAGAGAGUUAUCAGCUAUCAGGAACAGAAUUUCAGAAGGUAUCAGUGGCUGCAGGAACAGGAAGACUCACCUGUUAUACCCGCAGAAGCAUUCUGUGAUGGAAAAUAAAUAGAAUAUUUUUCCAUCAGUGGAAGCUAAUUUGGAUCUAAAAUAUUAGCUUAACUUUAAUUUCUUCCUGGAUCUUAAGCAAUGUCAUAUCAUUACAUUUUGGAUCUGCAGUAAAUUUUUUUUAAUCCUUUGGUCUUUUACUUCCUUAUCUGUAUGUUUUCCUCCACAAAACUGGUAACAAGCAGCAUGCAAAAAUUUGUAUUGAGAAGGCAGAGUAGUUAUCCAUUUGGUGACUGACAAAGCACAAUUGUAAUAAUUACCAACUAUUUUUAAAAUUAAUUUUCUGGUGUCCACAAUCAGCACAUAAUUGAAUUAUUGUAAUCCAUUCUUAACUGGAUUUUUUUCCCCUCACAGCUAGAGGGCUGGUUGUGGACACAGAAGGAGCCAUGGAUGAAUAUUUUGGCCUGUUGUUUUAGUGUUUUGGAGGUUAAGUGUAGGAAAGGGAAAGGAAGCCUCUGGGUUGGAAUCUGUUCCCAUUUCUCUUCUUUCAAAAGCUUUCUAAUGCUCUCACCAAAGUGGUCCAAAUUGUGCUGUCAGAAUCAAAGUUCAGCAGCGCCAAUGUAGAAGCUUUCUACUUCUACAGCUAGAAACUGCGCCACCAAAACUUGGCCAUUUUGCCACCUAACCUUGGCAGUGUAGUCUUGGAAUGCAGUGGAGCUACAAUUGGGGUUUUGUAAUUAUAUUCUAUGAUUAUUAAAAUGUCUCUGUGUGUAUAUAUCUAUA